AUGGAUUGGAUCCGGCUAUUGGCUGAAGAUGGCAGAUUCAGUGAGAUACCAUACCUGGACGGUGCUGCAUCGAUGCUCAAUUUCGAUGGUUCUGUUGUCAACAAUAAGAAAGCAUCUGCUGGUUUUGUUAUCAGGGAUCACGAUGGUUCUCCCCUUUUUGCUGGUGCGAGAGCUAUUGGUCAUGCUUCUGUCCCCAUUGCUGAAGGAAGUGUUGUUCGUGAUGGUCUUUAUCAUGCCCUCCUCCUUAACUGUCGAAAGCUUUAUGUCAAAGGUGACUCCAAGUUAAUUAUAGACUCUAUCAACAAAAAAUGUGCUCAUCCUUGGCGUCUUCGUACUCUUGUGAAAGACAUCCUGAGUCUGGCUAGCAAUUUCGAAGUUGUUUUCUUCUCUUAUGUUCCCAGGGUAGCCAACUUCGUUGCUGAUGCUGUUACAAAUAUGGGUCAUAGAUCAUCUACUCCUAUCACUUGGUCCAAAAAGUUGUCGUUCUCAGCUUUGUCUGCUUUUAAUUUUGAUCAGUUUAGUUCUGGUUGA